AUGCCACCACGUCGGCUCUGUAUUCACUGCUGUGAAGAGAAGGCCGCUGUGAAGCGGCCCCGCAAUGGGCAACUUUUAUGUCAAAAAUGUUUCUUUCACUUGUUCGAAGAGGAAGUUCAUGAGACAAUAAUGGCGGAGAAGCUUUUCACCUCGGGUGAUGUUGUGGCUUGUGGCGCAAGCGGAGGCAAAGAUAGUACAGUUCUAAUGCAUCUUAUGAAGCUACUGAACGAGCGUCAUGGAUAUGACGUGCAGAUUCUUCUGCUGAGUAUUGACGAGGGGAUCACUGGCUAUCGUGACGACAGCCUAAAGACGGUGCAUCGCAACUCCGCAGAGUACGAACUUCCACUGCGUGUGAUUUCGUACAAGGAACUUUAUGGGUGGACAAUGGAUGAGGUUGUACGGCUAUCAGGAUUAAGAAAUAGUUGCACUUUUUGUGGUGUGUUUCGUCGACAAGCUCUGGACCGUGGCGCAGCGUUGCUUGGGGCGACAAAGAUUGUGACAGGACACAAUGCCGAUGACUUGGCAGAGACAAUCUUAAUGAACAUCUUGCGCGCAGAUCUUCCACGUCUCUCUCGUUGCACGAGCGCCAUCACUGCCGGAGAUGGUCUUAUUCCUCGUGUAAAGCCAUUGAAAUAUGCCUAUGAAAAGGAGAUUGUCCUCUACGCACAUCUCAAGAAGUUGGAUUAUUUUACCACAGAGUGCUCCUAUAGCAGGGAGGCCUUCCGUAGCGAGGCACGCACGCUUUUGAAGGAGGUGGAGAAGCUUCAACCACGUUGUAUUUUAGACACUAUCCGCUCCGGGGAGCGUCUGCGUGUAAAGGAGCGGGAGUCUGUUCCCGAAAAUCCACAGGGAUUUUGUGUUCGUUGUGGUUACGUAACGAGUCAAAAACUUUGUCGUGCCUGCGUACUGCUGCAGGCGUUGGGCAGCCGCGAUCCCAUGACGGCUGUGCGAGGACAGCACCAGAAAACACAAAGUGAGAUGGACGUUUAA